UCCCGUUUAGCCGAAGCUCAGCGGAGGCAGACCAGGAAAAAAGUACCACUCCGUGUUCGUUCGUUCAUUCGCGUUUCAUCCCUUGACGAGGCAGUUAGUGUGUUGUACACGGUUCCCGAGCGCGCGUCAUGGCCAAAGCGGCCUCCCAGGGUGGUCCAACUUACCCCCUUAUCAUCACUACAACCAUCUACUACUGAGAAGCAAAAAAAAAAAAAAGGAACAACAGCUCUGAAGAAGCUCUAGCCAAGAACAUAACAGUGCAGAACAGUUCGGUAGGAAAGCAUACAUAGUGAUCUGUGUGUGUGUGUGUUUGGUACGGUGUUCAAAUCCAUUCCGAAGCGAAUCAUCUAAAAACGAAGGAAAAACAAGAACAAGAACAGACUCCCAUCGUAGAUUUCCAGGAAGACCUGUGCCGUAUCAAAAAUAGCUGGCGAUUAGGAUCUCGGACCCAGACGUGCCCCAGACUACCAACCGAAGCGGACGCGGACACUUUUGACACACGCUCUGACAGACUCCCAAACAUCUUCCGAACGAGUGACAGAUUCCGUGUGUGUGUGUUUGGUUCCGUUGCACAACAUUUUCCUCCGCUUAGGAUACUUUUUUUUUGGGAAUUGGUUCGCGGAAUGAGUCCGGUGUGAUCCUGCUAGUUUCAUUCUGCUUUCGCGACACGACGUGACGGUGUGUGAGUGCAAAAUUAAUCCGAGACAGAGUGGGAAAAACAAUCCGUAAGACAGCCGGAAAAAAGUGAGCUUUCCUCCGUUCCAGUUUCGUUCCGUUUGAGCCGCGAUUCCUCUUUCCGCGAGUGAGUUGUCCGUGUGCAAGAAAGUGUCAAUACAAUGAAUCAGUGAGUCGGAGGCAAAGAAUAAGAAAGAAGAAACAGAAAGCCCAAAUAUUAAAGAAAAAGGAUAUUUUUGAUGAGAUUUUUGUUUCCACAUACACAUACACAUAAAAUCAGAGGAAAAUAAAGCAUACCCUGAGAGAUAUCCGGAGUCUAUUUUUAUACACUAACAAACACAUUUUCGAAUAGCAGGAAGGAAGACACACAAAAAAAAGAGCAAGUCGAGUGAAGAGCAUCAAGAGCCAGAAGUGAGAAAGGUGAAAUCAAGUGAAAACUGUGUGCUGGCAAGGCUUUUGUGAUAACGCUCGGCUCGGUGUGCUUCGACAAUCGAUCCGGAACCGAAACGAAACCUGACAGGAAUUACGGAGCGGAUCGUCGGAGCUCAGGUCGUGAAGAAUAACACACGGGAUACCAGGUCCGUAAUCGAUAUCGGAAGAGGACUGCAAGCAGCAGCGGGCAGCCAACAGCGAGCGAGUGAACGAUAAGGAUUCACACGAGUGCGCUAAAAAUAGAACGUUGGUGUGCUGUAAUAACCAUAAUAAUAAUAGUACUAAUCAUAACGGUCGGCGUUUGGUAGGAGUGUAGGAAAAACAGCCAGAGAUACCCAGUGGAAAAAAUUGACUCGGUGUGGUGCUAGCGAAUCAUUAUCCCCCUCCUCACCCCUCUGUUGACGGUUGAGGAUACAUACUUUCCCGGUUUGAGUUUAGAAGUUUGAACCUGUUGAUUGACUUGUUGUUACGUGUGCGUGUGCGGUUUGCCGUUUACUGCUGUUGGGCGCUCACGCAAGGUCACUCGCGUGUGAGGGUGUGUUGCUCUGCCUCUCUGUUCUAUCGCUCAAACCAUCCCCCGGGGCAGAAAACCAAGCCUCAAUUAUUCGCCCACCCACUCGUUACCUAGAUAUAACUGUAUAUAGCUCCACCAUAUAUAUCAGGAAGAUGUUCCGCGAAGUUCUGCCGAUCCUGGCGUACAUGAGUGUGCUGUCCAGCACGUACUCACUGCACAUGGCGCGCGAUGCGUACAUCAAGGCCCCACCACCGCCUCCCGCCGCUGCCCAGCUGCUCGAGGAACUGAACGAUAUGUCCGAGCUGCUGGCCGAGAACAGCAUUCCGGCUGGGCUGCCACAGUCACACACAAAAGCGCACCACCACAGCAACCUGCAACAGGUGCAGGUGCAGCCGCAGUCGCACAACCUGGGUGGGGCAGCUGCAGGUGGUCCCCACGGGGUCGUAAUCAAUCACCUAACCAGUAACGAACUGCCCGAACUCAGCCCACCACCGGUGCGUCAUCCGGUUGGUCCACUGAUUCAACCCCGCGGUCUCCAGGAACUCUUCGGAGUGCAGACCAACUUCGACAUGCGCAAUGUUCAGCACCUGAACGCUGCCAGCAUCAAUGGCAACCCCAGCGAUCUGGGUAGCGAGGAAGAUCAACCUCAUCAACAACCCCCACAGCAACAGCAACAACAACAGCAGCAACCACAGCGAAGUCCCAACAACAAACGAUCGUCGCACAGUAGCAACAACAGUAAUGGCGGCGGUGGUGGAGGCGCAAGCUUCAUGGAGACGGACGGUGGUCCACUGGACGGGGGUUCCAGCGGUAGCAGCAGCAGUAGCGGCGGCAACAGCGGUGGCCUGCCAUCAAUCCCUCAUGGUAUGGCCAGUCAGCUAAUGCUGCGCAGCGCCCGGGGACAGCGGCAGUACGACGUUCCACAGAUCGAAUGUCCGCCCGCGAUGGACGGCAUGGAACGGUUCGCCUGUCCAACGCCGGACAGACAAGGUCGGUACCGGUGUAUAGACGACCACGUGCUCUGCGACGGCUUCAUCGACUGUCCCGAGGGCGAGGACGAGGACCGGCAAGCGUGUAUGUUCUACAAAACGACAAAAGCACAUCUGGAUGUGCUCGCCGAUGCCUUACUGAGAUGGGCACGGGGACGUUAAGCUACCCAAAAGUGGCAAGCAGAAAGCAUCAACCAAAAACAAACAUCUACAUAUAGAGAGGAAAGAAAGCACUAUUUUUAAGGAUCACACAUACACACAAAACCCAAACUCAUCUGCUGGGAGGGAGAGUAGGAUUAAUUAACGGAUUAAACAUCGAGGCAAACACGAAGCGGAGCUGUGAGCAGUGCUGUUCGCGGAGGAAUCUAGUGGAAAGGCUGUACAUACAAAACAAACCCUAAGGAGAAAAGAAAACAAAAACUCACAGAUUAAAAGUAUAUAUAUUUAUAAAGGAUACUCUACAAAACUGACAAACGGCAACUGCAGCAGCAUCAGAUGGAAGCAAGCUAGCGGACUGUAGACUAGAGAAAAUCUCAGUAACCGAAAAACCCCGAACAAAAUUCGAAAUCUAGAGCUAUUGAACAUAAAUUUAAAGAAAAACCAAAAAAUAUCGGCCAACCCUUGCCCGGCGGCUUGCGGCAGGCGGGCAGGGAAGUGGGGACAUGCGCCACAGGUUACGCACCUCACUGGCUGGCGAAGUAAGACACUAAGAAAAAUGAGCAACUGUAAGUACAUUGAUGUGUAUCAAAACAAAAUCAAAGCAAAUAUGUGUGUAUUUCUUUCGUUUACUUUCAAACCAAAAUUAUCAAAGUCACAAAGGGUGAACCGAAUUCGCGAGAAACAAACACUCACCAGGCGACGAAACACAAAACGAUCGAAAACUAAAAUUUUCAAACCUCCCUCCACCCACAUUGACAGAACCUUUAUUGCCAAGAUUUGGUUUCAGUCCACUCAAUGUGUGUGUAAGUUUGACGAGUCCAUGUCGUUUCCACACCGAAAAGCGAACUUUCACUCUAGAGGAACGGUGGAGUAAGUUGUAAAAAAUAAUAUUAACAUCUAAGGAGAUCGUCAAAGUUAAAGGAAUUAGGAUCAAAGACAAACCAAAUAAAAAUCUUGCAGAAAACUAUUCUCAUGGACAAGGCAGCUAUAUUGUAUAGAUAAGUCACAAUUUUAACAAAACAAAUCCAACCUUAGUGAACUUAAAGAAAAAUCACACCUAAGCGAUAAGAAGAACACUUGAUCACAACAAAUCAGCUACACGCCCACAACAAUAACAACAAAAAACUGAAACAUGAACAAACAAACACUAGUGGCAAAUAACACUCUCACACAAAAACACACAGACAGACAGACAGAAACAUACAUACACAUUGUUAUAUCUCUAUCUUCGGGAGAACUGCGUCGGUUCGUAUCCUGGUACGAACAAUGUUACUUUAAAGAACGAUAUCGUGUAACAUUCCAAUUAUACACUUAACGAGUCAACAAACAAACAAACAAACAAAGAAGAUAACUGUCAUUAUGCAUGCAAACUAGUGCAGACGAGGAGGGCUUGCCGAUUUGCCAAACAAAACGCGAGCCCCCGCCUCGUUGUGAGCCACGUCGAGGGUGGUAAGAAACCCGAAAAGAAAACACAAGAAGUCCGCGAAGAUCUUAUUUUAGUCAACAUUUUAGUUACUAAUUAACAAAUUCUGUUCCAUCGUGACAGGUCGUAUUUGUACAUAGUAUACACAUAUAAAUAAACAAACAAACAAAAAAAUCAACUAAGGUAAGGUAAAAAAUCCACUUACCGAUGAGAACAGAAGACCCCAUGUGUAAAAAAAAAGAUUAAAACAGCAAAAAGUAUAGAUAUGUUUUAGAAGCUACACACUUUCACGGUAAGGAGCGAAAUAUCUACGUGUUCGACCCGGUUCACGCUGGUCGUUCCUGGUUCAAAAAAUGGUUUUCUUUUCCGUAUUCAAUGUAUUCACUUAUUUUUUCAUCCUUCGAUAGUUCCAUCCGUUUUUGUUUAUGUUCAUGCACGAAACGGAACUGCUGAGGGUCUCUUCAAAAGAGAACUCCAAGCUGGGGUACCGCAGGGUCUAAAACGUCAAUGAAACACAAAACAAAACAAGUCGUGAUAAGAUUGCUCACCCGCCCCUUGACUGCCUCUUGGCGCGUGUGAGAGAAACCAAACCAAAGCAAAAAAAAAAAAAACAAGAAACCCCUGUUGAGUUGCUGUUAUAGACUCCUCACUCAGCCGAUGAGGAGCGAGUUGUUGAAAACGGAACGAAACUUGUGAAAACAAGAAACAAACCAAACAAACUGUGACUGACGAAUCGUUAAACGAAGUGGUUAAUGUUACUAGAAAAAGAUUGAAAAUUAGCAAAACAAACGAAACAAGGAUGCGCGAACGCGGGGUUGUUUUUCGUUUUGCAAUUAUUUUAUUUCGAUGUUUCCAUGCGAGAGUCCUAGAGCAAAACUACCUGGCGCGAGUAAGUGUAGAGUUAUGGCUAGCCAAGAUAGAAAACAAAACAGGAAAAAAAAACCAAUGUGUAAACAAUCAUAUGUAAAAACAGUUUUUAAGAACAAAAUUGGUUGUGGAUAAGAAUUCAUUCAAAUUUCAUUCCUUCUUUAACGAUUUAACAACAACAAAAGAAAACAAAAAAAAUAAACCGAGGAAACUAGAUUACACACAUGUCAAGAGUAAAACCAUACUCUCGCACACAGACACACACCCACACAUACACGCACACACUCAGUCACAACCCUACGGACACAAACACAGUUUAACGUCAAGUGUAUUUAAAUUGAAUUAAAGAAGCAACUCGAAAACAAAAAAAAUAUGAAUGUCUAUUUGCACAAUAUAUCUCUACUGGGAGGAACACACAAAAACAAAUUUAAGAAAAAAAAGUAAGUCCCAACUUAAAGGAGAAGAAACAACUACAACAAAACAUAACAAACACCUCAAAAAACAAUCUCUCUUUAUGGUCAGUGUUAAUUUAAGGCAUGCAAAGGAUUUCAUCGUUCUACUCAGUAAAACAAACAACAACCAAAAAAUUAAAAAAAAAAGGUAAUGGCUCGAUUGUAACGAUUUUCAUUGAUAUGUUUAUGUUUUUCUCCGAGCAAAGCAAACAAACGAAAGCACUGUGCGAAAUUUAUCAGAAAAAUAAUGAUACCCACCUUUAGGUUAAUUUUUAUCAUCUUUUUAAAGUUAACAAAUGGAGGAAGGAUUAAACGAAGCGAAAGCAAAAGAAGAAAAAAACCAAAGUCGUCAUUACAUGGCCAGAAGUAGAAAAAAGGUUAAUGUGCGAAAAUCUACCACACCGAAGAGGCUGGUAGCCGGACAGGAACAUUACAGAAACCCAUUAAAUUAUCAUAGAUUUUUUUUAACCACAACAUUAUCACAUCUUUUGUCUUCUCGUCUCAUCGUUUCAUCGUGCAUCUCCAGUUUUGUUUUAGUUUGCCACCAGCUACUUUCCAUGCAGGGGGUGCCCGAACGAGGGGUCUCCGAUGCCAGAGUGUGCGAUUUCAGAGUUCUCAUUCUCACAAUUGACUGAUUAUUACGGGGUUUCACAGAUCCGACAGGAUUGGACAGAACAGAUCGUCAAUUAAUCAGGAAUUCAGUAUAAUUUAUUUUAGUUUCUUAUUUCUGUCACAUGUUUUUAUUUCCACACAUUUCCUCAAUGGAUAAGAUAGGAUCCAAAUGAUUCACCGGAGAUGAUUUCCGCAUAUCUCUAAAUAAAGGAAAUGCGUAUCUGCUGUGCCUCUUGUAACAAAUAUCGAUUCUUGAAACUAUUCCGUGAUGGAUUCGAUAUAUUUUUUCAAACGGUCACAUGUAAAUCUAGUUUCGAACAUUCCAACCUAUAAGUUACUUAUAGGGCGGAUACAUUACGAAUUACUUAAAAUUAUUUAAAGGAUUAAAAAAAACAAGCCAUCCUUGUAGUCAGUGUCGAACACAAAAAAAUAUUUUCAUAUGCAUUCCAUAACCCACUACACCCAAAGUUGAUUUUUAGCAUAAGUUAUGACAUCCCGAUUUAUUACAUUAAAUGAGCUGAAAAAUAACAGAAAAUGUUCUACACCCCAAUACAUGUAUAUCAUUUGUAUAAUAUAUAUAUGCUAGAGCCAAUAUGAGCGAGCGAGCGAAACUGGAGACACAUUUAAAUGAAAGCAUAUAAAAGCUUUUCGUAUAGUUUGCCAAAUACACGGCCCAUACAGAGAAAGAUAUAUUUUCGUUCAUGUUCUUCUUUAUCCUCUUAGAAAACACUUUCCGACCUCAUUUUAUGAUGAGGUGUAAUAUCAUCACGCUUCAAUAUAACAGCGCUAGCAUCUAUAUGGAUAGCGUGGUCGUGUGAAACAACUUUGCAUUCCAGCCGGCCUUGGUUCGAUCCCCAUUGACGUCGUAUGGACUUUAUCUUUUGGCACAAUCCCAAAUGAAAUGAGAAAAGAAAACAGAAAGAGAUGUCUGCUCGCAUGCAUACAAACCAUUUUUAAGCUUUCAAACAGCUCAUUAUUUGCGCAUUUGGCUCUCCAGCACACGAAAUGGCAUCAUUCCUGCCAAAGAUGAAUUUUUUUCUGCCAACGCUAGUUUGGGUGUAGCCUUUAUGUAUGUUGAAGUUUUGUCAGAUUUGUUUAUCAUUUGGAUUUACAGAUCAUUAUUCGAAAUGGAGAGUAAAUGCAAUAUGAAAAUCAAUUGAUGAGGUACUUUGCAGCAUAUGUCUGCCACUGUUAGUACAGAUAGAUGAAUUGAAAAUUGUCGCAUUUCAGUCACCGCUUGCGGUCAGACCUCCUACACCAAGUAAAAGUCCUAUAUUAGCAUUAGCGAUGUUGAUGAUUUAGUUCUAAUGCAAUUAGGCAUUAUGUGAAUAGACAUAUGUAGCUUGUAUCCUAGACUCUGUCCAACUUCUAUUUCGUUGCAACACAAGCAGUUCGAAUUUCAACAAGAUUCAUUCAUACAUUGUUAAAUGCUUAGAACAAAGUAUAUUUAACGUUAAUUUCGUUCAAAAGUGUUGUUUGUUUCUUUAUUGUGCUUAAACAUGAUAAUUUCAGCUGUCCAAUUUCUAUAAGACCACUUCAGAAUUCAUAAGUAUUCUUCUUCUUCUUCUUUAAUGGCACUAACGUUCCUAGAGGAACUUCGCCGUCUCAACGUAGUAUUACUUGCGUCAUUUUUAUUAGUACUUAGUUGAGAUUUCUAUGCCAAAUAACACGCCUUGGAUGCAUUCAGAGUGGCAAGCUCUAGAAUACGCGUGAUCACAGUGCAAGUCGGAGGAAAUUUCUUUGACGAAAAAUUCCCCCGACCAGAACGGGAUUUGAACCCGAACACCCGGCAUGUUAGUUAUGACGCUAACCACUCGGCCAAGGGAGCACAAUUCAUAAGUAUUAUCAAUGAUAAAUUCAAAACGAUCGGUUGAUUUACAUGUCAAUAAUUGGCAACCUUGCCAUUUCGGCUAAUAACCUAGAGAAUUCGUGUUGGCAUACUAUUUACUAAAUUCUGCUGAACGGAUUUCUCUAUAUUUUUCCAUGUUUCCAAAGUUGCGACCUUGAACUCUUCAAGCGUGGUGUACCGUUUUCCCUCAGUGUGGAUUCUGCGUACAAGAAUCCUCCUAAGAUUUUCAACAGGAUUCAAGUCUGGAGAGUGACAUACCAAUUAUGAGAACACUUGUAAUACUAACCUCGAGCCAACCGCGAGUAAUCGGUUACAUAUUACUAACAUAGUUGUAAGCAAACAUUGUCGAAAUAUUGAACUCCCGGCCCCGUUAGGCUGACGCCAUAUGAGCCUUAAUAAAAAUAUAUAUUUUGGAUAAGUCUGGAGAGUGAGCCGGCCAGUCCGAAAAUAUAUGGUUUUGGUCCCUAAUACAUUACUUAGUUUCCCUGCUGGUAUGAAUAGAAGCAAUGUUUUGCUGGAAUGUGAUUUUUUUGUGACGAUAUCCACGCAAAAACGGUAGGAGAGAGGAUUCCAGAACAUAUAUAUAAUCCUUGAAUGAUGUGAAAGCUAUCUUGAGCUUUCCGGAUGCACAGAAUCCCGCCCAAACCAUGCACGAGCCUCCGCCAAAAUUCCUGGUUGAAAAAUACUGUUCCUUCUACUGUAAAUCACGCCAGUACCCGUUGAAACCAUCAAGAUCAUCGAAAUUGACCAUUUUUUUCGUCAAUGAAGAUAACCUUUUCAUUGAAGAACUUUUCGUUAUGGUACAUAGCAAAAUGUAUUCUUUUGGAAACAUUCUUUGUCACAACAUAUCAUGUCUCACUGUUGGUUCAUGUGAGCUUUGACAAUACUCAGACGUCUCUCGAUGUGAGAUGGUGUAAGAUGAGGAACUUUAACCCUUUAAACUCUCUUUAUGUGAGGAUUUUUUACCAGAACAUUACGAAUUGUGACCCGAGUAACAUUUAAAAUGAAAUAUUGCUUUAUUUGCAUAAGCGAUUUUGAGGUAUUCGAAGCUGUUCUAACUAUUUCCCGCUUAUCCUGGUCAGAGAGCUUAGAUUUACGUGGAGCUCUCUCCUUCUUACCGUAUCCUUGAGGAUUCGUCAAAUAAUUGAGCACUACUUGAUGGGAUGAAUCCAACGAGAAAUUUCUAUGAUACUAACAUUUUCUUGGUGAAAGGCAUCGAUUUGUCUGUCUUCUCUCUCCGUGAACACUUUUCCUUUCGGCAUUUUGCAAAUUUAUUGAUCAAAACAACUAAAACAACGAAAAAAGGUAGCUGGUCUUAUAGAAACUUGACACUUUAAAAAUGCAAAAGCAUUCGUUGACGUUCAGCGCAGCACACACACAUAUGAAAAUCAUAUAAUGUAUGGUUGUCACCAAUACCUACACACUAGAAUAUAAAUUGAAACAUUAUUUGUUUACUAUGACACAAAGCAGCAAGAUCAUCACUUGGUCUUAUAGAAGUUGGACAGAGUGUAGUAUUCGAAAGCAUUAUAGGCGCAUGGAACGCUUUCAUUAAUGCUAAUUAUCAGCAAUGUCUUGUACAUUAGCAAUUUUGAUAUCGGACUUACAAGCAUUGAAAAUGCUGAAAAUGAUGCUUUAUUGAAUCGUGUUUACGUAACAAAUCUUUGUGUAUCACAAGAUGCAUCCCACCUCAUUCCAGUAUCAUUCUAACGCGCAAGCAGCUGUUUCUAAUGAUGUUUUUCAGCCAUAUGAACAACCAACAAUCCAGGCUGAUCUGCCUUCUCAUUUUUAGGAAUUCUGUAUAUUAUCGUAGAGGAGAACAAACGUCUGCCGAACAAACCAUUACUAACAACUUUUGGAUUACAUGGGAGACAGUUUUUUCAAAUCAGUGAGGCUAACCUUAAAACGGUGCCCCUUGCCAAUCGCCAAUCACCCUACGGCCAAGAUUCAAAAUUGACAAUGUCUUUCAUCAUAUGAUCAUCAUAACCUAUUACCAGAUUUUUCGAAAAUCUAUCACCGGGAUUUAUGCAGGUCAUCCAAGCUUUCAGCAUCUAUAUAAAUAAAAAUGAUUUGGUGUCCGUUCCUCACGAUUUAACUUAAAAACGGAGGAACGGAUUUGAAUAGUCAGUAUCAGGAUUGAAGUGCCUCAGUCUGCGUCAGGUUUAUAUGCUAAAAAACUAUGAAAACCAUUCGGGAAGAUGGAAAAUUGGAAAGUCAUGUUUUCUGCAAAUUUCGCAUAUCUAUAUAAAUAAAAAUGAUCUGGUGCCCGUUCCUCAUGAUUUAACUCAAGAACGGAGCAACGGACUUGAAUAGUCAGUAUCAGGAUUGAAGUGUCUCAGCCCGCGUCAGGUGUAUAUGUCAAGAAAGAAAUUAUAUACUGCGAAUAUAGAUCGCGCACAGAAAAAUGAUUUUCGGGAAACGUGAGUGUUCGAGAUUAUUUAAAUCAGAAAAGCAAUUGUUGGUGGGACGGAGUUUGCCGGAUCAGCUAGUUAUGUAAUAACUAUCAUCUGAUCGAUCGAUACCACGUUAUUCCCUCACUGCAUUUUGGCCCUUUCACUUGCGUUUUUAAACUUUGUCAAACCUUGCUUCAGCUUCCUCAAUCUACUCCUGAGUCUUUGUUUUUUUUUAUCUAUUGCUGACCAGCAUCAGGAAGUAAACAAUUUCACAUUCUCAUGUUCGUAGACAACAUCUACUUGCCCUCAACAGCCCAUCAUGGAUUUGCUUCCGAACACAUUAUAUACAGAUUCUCAAGGAGGGGCUCCGGGUGGCCCUGACAACCAGGAUUUCUACAUAAACCGCUUUGCAAUCGUACCGUUCUGAAUCAUAUUUCGGACGCUUAAGGCAUAUGAUGCAGAAAACAGAUCCAAACUUUAUGCACAAGUAUUAUUUGGUUGAUAUUUUUAAUAAAUUAGUUCAACAUGCUUUUAAGCUUUCUACUUUGGUAACUGUUUGAUUGAAAACACAAAAAAAUCAUCGAAUAAAAUGGUUUUCAAAUGAAGCGAAUUAGAAUCAAACUUCGGACACUAAAUAAAAUUUCGGACAGAUUGAAUUCAAACUUCGGGCACUUUAUUUUGUAAUUUUUUGGACGAAAAUUGCAUUACACUUGAUUAUAUUUUAUAAUCAACUGCGAAACACUUACCAAGCAAUCUCAGCAAACUGUUAACGAUGAUGAGAACAGAUGAAACACGGGAAAAAUUUAAAUAUUUAUGAACGGGUAAAUUCUACGAGCUCAUGCUAAGGAAACGUCAAACACAAACGAUUAUGAGUUGUGUUGUAAGAUUUCUGCCGAUUAUGUUAUAAUUCAAAUGUAGUUCUCAUGUGAAAUGAUAGUGAAACCAAGGGAUUACUCUAAAGAGGCAAUUGUGAUACUAGUUUGAUAGUUCUAUCAUCAGUUCAUUAAGCAAUUCAAGAUAUUAGAACAAAGUGUCCGAAAUAUGAUUCAGAACGGUAUUUCGCUUUGGAAAUUACUGGAAUCGUUGCAUUCCCAGUGCGUUAUCUCUUUUUAAAACUAAGUUGAGUCCCAAAUUUUGUUGAUUCCACUGUCAAGAAGGCACCCUGGUCUUUUUUUUUGAAGAAUCGAGUCAGUUAGCUUUGUUAAAAUGAAUAGAUAAGCCAAAAAAGAGCCAAUGAGCAAAUGUGAUCAUCUUGGAUUUCCAACUUCACCCUCAAAGGAGUGACACUCACGGCCGUGAUAGUUCUAUAUAUUUCGAAAAAAAAUCAUUCAAACUUCAGAAUGAGCGUCGCCCGUUAGUGUUUUUUUUUUCUUUUUAGAGCUUGUUGCUGUUUGCGUAACGACAUUCUGCAUUAAAUGGAGUUUAGCUAUCAUGAUGUGCCGUUCUCAAUUUUCGACAAAGCAUCUACUGUGCCAGGAGGAAUUCAGGUUUUGUUAGAAAGUAAAGCAGAAAAAAUGGUGUUCAAGGGUUUGUGGACCACUCUUUGAUCUUAUGAGGAUAACAUGCUGGAAUUUUUUCCAUUGGGAAUCAAAAGAGCGGUCAAAAUCGUCAAAGAAGUAGUAGGAAAUUUUAAAGCAAACCAAGCAAGACAUUUGUUAGCAGCACCUGACAGCGAAAUGUGAACGUUGCUUCCUAAACUGGCAAUUUUUUACGACGAAGUUUCGGAAAACGAGUAGUUUUUAGAGAUACCAAAAUACCGUGGGCAUUUGAAGGCCCCUGGAAUUAACCUGAACGAUGCCAUUAGUCUGUUCAUGGAUCGCUUCCAAAUCUUACAGUGGGUUUGAAGCUAUAAACUAACGAUUUGCGCUUCUGUGGCAUCUAAUGAAAGAGGCUUAUUAAAUAUUAAAUUAAUUAAAAAUCAUGGUUAAAGAUUGGACUGGCAUGCCUAAAUGGAUUGGCUUUGUUUGUUAGUAAAUUUACUAACACUGUUGAUAUUGACGAUGUGUUCGGAUAAUCAACUGUUGUUACAAAAUAAUAAUGAUGAUAGCACCCCAAUCCCCUACAAAUGUUUGAGCUUGAAGAGUUAUCUUGAGGAUAAUUAUUUCGCAUUUCAUCUAUGGCUUAUCAAGAAAAUUUCCAACCCGAAAAAAUCCUUGACCGGCCGGGAAUUCAACCCAAUACCUACACUGAUGGACAUAAAUAUUCGGCAUAUGCAUGAAUCUACCACGAAUGUUAUUCUACUGAGCGGUAUUAUUCCAAUCCACUUCCGAAGGUUAUUCAAGUGAAACAAUAUAGUGUUAUUAAAACACUACAUUAUUGGGAAAUCAAAACAAUGGAAACAACAAUUUUACCUUCAAAUUCAGCUGAACGAAAGUAUUCGGCACUAUGAACAUUUCUUCAAAAAAACAUAUCUGAACAAUUAUCUAACUAAUCAAUAUCUUGUGUUCAAUCCUUUCUGUGCAAUGACCUCUUUCAAUCGAUUUGUCAUUGAGUGCACCAGCUUCUCGCAUACUUUAAGCUCGAUCUUAUACAAUUCUUCACGAAGAAUAUCUUUUAGCUGCUUUUGUGAUGUUACAUGAUGUUCACGUACACGUCGAUCUAGAGCAUCCCACAAAUCCUCUAUGUUUUGAGCUGACGGAGAGUAUUAUAUAGCAGCCAGAGACGUACCGUUUCCGCAGUAUGUUUAGGGUCGUUGUUUUGUUGGAAGUAGAAAUUGCUACCUACCCAACUUUUCAGCACUUUUCUUCAUAUUUUCUUUCAAAAUAUUUAAAUAUUGCUCCUUUUUCAUGAUACCAUCUACAAAUACCAAUUCCCCGACACCGGAUGCUGCCAUACAGCCGAGACCAUGACUGAUGCACCUCCAUGUUUAACGGUAGUUUAAACAUUUUUCUUCUGCAGCUCAGUACCCGGUUUUCGCCAUACCAAUAACCUUCCAUCUGAUUUGUCAACAUUGAAUUUGCUCUCAUCGGAAAACAACACAUUGUUCCAGAAACCAAUCGGGUGAUUUUGGUAAUCUUUCGCAAAGUUCAACCUUUUAGCCUGAUUAACCUUUCUAAUAAGAGGCUUCUUACGACAAACACGGAUACUAUAUUGGGCAACACUCUGCGCACCGUUCUGGAAUGAGCAUUUUUCCCAUUGAACUCCAGCAACUCUCUACGCACUUUUGACGAAGAUGUUUUCGGUUCUUUCUCAAUAAUUUGUAUUAUUUUUCAUUCAUUUACAGUGUUCCCAGAUCUAUUGGGAUCGAUAAAUUAAAUUUUUUUCAACGUGACGAAUACUUCUGUCCAACUAAAAUUGUGGAACUCGGCCUUUUUGUUUCCUGUAAUUUAUGAAAGCACGGUAAAUCAUUGAAAACUUCUGCUGCCUAGAUAGUGUACACUUCACAGCAUCUACUGCACCUGCACAGUUGAGUUUAUAUCACAAACUAUUUGUGUAUGUAAUACAAAUGCGAUAAAUGAAUUCAUGACGAAUACUUAUGUCCACCAGUGUAUGUCGGAAUCAGCUGUGAAAUCACAAGAGUCUUACCGCUUUACUAGGUGAUUCUAUUAUGCCAUGUUUAAAGAGGUGAUUCUAGUAAAGCGGGAGGACUCUUGUGAAUUCACAGCUGAUUCCGACAUAGGUAUUGGAUCUGUAGGUGCGAUCGUUCUCGUUCUUCCUCAUGUAAGAAUUAUGUUCUCUGAAGUUUGAGUCGAUUCCUUGUCUUCUAAGGGGUUAAACUAGGGUUGCCAGGUGUAUUGAACAGUAAUCUGAUUGUUGGAAAAUCAAAAGACUUGGAUAUUUUAUAUUUAUUAUAUUAAAUUGAACAUUUUCACGAAAACGUCGUUUGAUGUUUGCGGAAGUCAAUCAAUCAACAUUUUUACGUCUAAUGUGUAAAACAUGGUUUGACCGUUAUUUCUUCCUAUCAUAUAUCGACGCAUUAUACAUAAACUUCAGACAUGUGUACCAAACCUCUCUCUUCAGUGUUCAGUAAAUUUUUGGGAAACUUAUCCUUAAUUACGGGAAUGCCAUUUCACCACCACGGGUAGUUGUGGUUAGAACUUUACCGUUGUUCGUUUAUCCGGAGAAUAGUCUGAAAAUCAACAUUGCGCAACUCUCUGGGUUCCUCAUCAAUUGGCUGAAUCAUUUCUCUGGGAACCAAAUUAGGAAAGUUUUCAGUAAACGGUAGAAUGAUUUAAUGUGUAAUGAGUAGCUCAGCCGUUGUCCCAACCCACACAAUUUCAAAGCUCUCGUAAUUCUGUUGAUCAAACGCAACUUUAUCCAUCGGCAAUCAAUCUGAACGAAUUGCUUCGCAAAUGACUAAAGGGCUCCUCGUGUUGACCAUCUCCGAGAACAGUCGGGAUCACCACAGUCGCAUUUGUGCUUCUAGGUCGCAGCAAUCUUCAAAAAAUCCUUCAAUCCGAAUCCCAUCGAUGAAAUCAGUGAUACCAUUUUGAAUAACUGUUUCAAUAAAACUAGCAUAAACUUGCUUUUGCAAACCAACUCAAUACAGUCAAAUGUGAUUGCAGAUUUUUUUGAAAUCUGCAAAAAUCUGGGCAAAGUGCGGAAAGCCUGGACUAGACCAAGGAAGGUCUGGAUAUCUGGCUGCUUACCAAUCUCUGGAAGAUUCCAGACAAAUCUGGAAGUCUGACCGUGAGUUUUGCGAGUAAACUUGGCAUAAUUUUCUCAUCAAAAUUCAAUGAAAUAAAAAGAUGUAAAAUUAUGAAAAUAUUAUUGUAUUGGUAAAUAUGUUCAUACAAAUUACUCACAAAUACUGGAGUAGGCAAUAGUAAAAAAAAAAUCGCACGUUAAUAUUAAAAACAAAAUUUGAAAAAAAAAAUCAGUGUUAUGAGAUGAACCUGGUCUUUCUUUCUAUUUUUACUAAUGUAAUAUCUCGAAUGAAAUUGAUAAAUGAGUAUAUUCAAGCUCCAACAAAUUUCAGAACGCAUCACUGUUGGUGGGUUUUCAAAACUAUCACAAUGUGAUGAUGUUGGGCAUCCCGUUUGUACCCCCAAAUGUAAUGAUUAAUUGUUUUUCCAAAAAUCUUUCACCAUCAGAAAAAUAUUCCACCAAAUAAACUCCUAUCCACCGCUCGCGAAUAUACAUUUUAUUAAGAUAGUAAUUUCCAAGAAAUUAUAUGUCUCAACUGGACCGACGCAAUGAUAUUCAAUGUUCACUAACCCAGUAUAGUGCUUUUCCCCCUCUCUUUUCACCAAUAAUUGUUCUGAAUCGUUAAUUGAUUAGGGUGGUCCGUCACAUUACCCACUUUUGAGUAAUCGUUGGGUAUUGUGAACCUUCUCGAACUUGUUCUUAGCAUACCAUCUUGAAAGAGAAGUAUGGUCAACAAUUCACGUUGUUGGUACAAUCCGAUCGAUUCAGAUUCGAAUUCAAGUAGCAAUCUGACUCUCGUUCUUCAACACAAUUGUUCCUCAAUCUAGAUUCAAACUCUAACCAUGGAAUAACACCUUGAUGAAAACGAUUAUCCGCACAUCGACCGAACGGAAUAAGUUACUCACUAGUAGCUCUACAUUACAAACAUCCAAAUCUGAAGCCCUGUCGAGCACAUUCUAAACCGUGCACAAAGUUGAACAAUGCCACCCAGAAAUAACGAUACCCAAUUAAAACUUUUAAUUAAUUAACUAAUCCAACGUGGGUCGCAUUUUUGCAGAAAGCUCCGCGCUGGAAUCCACCAAACACAGCAGCGCGCUGCGCGGCAGCAAUGAAAAGAAUCCUUUGAAGUGUUAUCGCUCGCUCCCCCUCCUGGGGGGGAAGGAAAUGGGACGAUGGGAGGAGUGUACGGGAAAGAACGAACAAACUUGUACAACGAGCAAACUUCCGUAAUUUAUUGCUUCGUUGUUCAUUUUAUUGGCUGCCAUGGCAGCGAUGAAGCGAGCUCGCGAGUUUUCAAUUGAACGCGGCGAAGCCCACCCUCGUGACCGAAAGAUUGUUCAUCCGAUUUUAAUUUUCGAAACACUCACACACACACACACACACACACAUAUAUAUAUAUAUAUAUAUCCAUACUCGCAGAUCCAGAUCCUUGCGCGGGUUCCCCCGAAAACAGCAGCAGCAGAGGCACAACUCAUAAACAAUCAUCAAACUGUUGCUCACUCAUGAUCCUGCCUUCCGACCCUUCCGGCCAUUCGACGGAACAAAGCCCACCAAAAAUAAUAACUCCAAGAACAACAACACGAAAACUAAAUCCAACCUUCGAAAAACGCUUUCCCGGCCCUUCACCUGCCUCCCUAUGUGUGUGUGUGUGCAUGUGUAAUUUCAGCUUUAUUUCCACUUUGCAUGAACGGAGAAUUAAAAGUUUAUUUUUGGACCGACAGCGCUCCACUGCUCCACGGAUCAACACCCCCGCGCUUCAUGUCACCCAUCAAACAAUUCACCACAAACUCACAUUUCAGAGCCUCUGCGCAGCCUUCCGACUUCGUGUCUCGGGGGGAUGGGAAGGCAGAGAGAUCAGGCGAGUAAGAUACGAAGAGGUUCGGCCCAUCGUUGGGUAAUUCGAUAAGAUCUUCGAGCCUCGCAAUCUCCGCUCCCCGCCUCUCGUGACUGGCUUCUCGGGCACGAAAAACUUUCGAGCUUUUAUUACCGAGAGCUGGUUGGAAUCGUGAGCCGGCGAACAAAAAGCUGUGCGAUACACACGGAGGGCUUCUCAACAGGCUUCUCGCAAUGGGCCGAAGGAUCGGAACGGAACGGAAUGGCUACAACAACAAACAAGCAGCAGCAGCAGUAUGACGUCAACGUCUCAACCGGUUCCGCUGAAGGAUAAAGUUUGAAGAUGUGUUUCUACUCUUUCUGUCUCUGCUCGGGCGCUCAAAAGAGGGGGAUCCUAAUUUGGCAUCCGAAUGAGGCGAGAAAGAAAAAUUGAAAAUAAUACUUUAAUUUCCGCUGCCUCCGAAGGAAGGAUCGAUAAACGGGCGCGGACAACCGCCCAUUCCGCGAGCCAAGCGUGACAAGCGUGAAACACGCAAUUAACGGUGUUUUCUGAGGAGACAAUUAGGUUACGAUUUUAUGUUGGCAAAUAUUUACAACACUCGUGUCCAUGUUUCCGACGCAAUUUGGUGUUAUUCUUCGUUCAAUCUGUUUCUGUCGGUCUGUCUGUCGUGAGAACCCCUCGUAGGAACCUCCUUCGUUUUUCAUUGAAAAAAAAAUCCGUGGAGGGAAAGCUAACCUUACCAAUCCGACCCCGAAGUUGUAAAAAAAAAUCCAAAAUAGACCAACACAUAUAUGUAAUGAGACUCAGCGCCGCUAUGAAGCAUUGGUCAGCUUCACAGGAAGUAAAACUUCAGAGCUAGAGGAAAAACACACGCACACAUACACACAAACACAAAAACGCGGUAGAAACAGAAGUGUAGGAUACCUAGGUCCCCAUUUCAUAGUACGAGAGCCCAUUUAAGCGAUGCGAAUGCUUAAGAUCGCGUGCGACUCUUAGCGAAAAUAAAACCCAAAAGUAUAUUAAAAAAAAUACAAAGAAAAGACUGACUUAGUGCGACCGAAAAAAAUACCUAAUAAUAACAAACAAAUUAAAUAAAAGUAGUUAGCAAGAGAAUAAAAAUUAACCUAUUGAUCAUGGGUAUUUGAAAGAGCUUUCGAAUGCGACAACAACAACAGCAACAGCAACCGAAAAAGGAAAACCGAAAGCGCGAGUGGAAGAGAGUGUGAGGAAGACAACAAAAAACAAGCGAAGCAAAUUAUCCCACUUCAAUUAGCAAUAAAUUCCUAACUCAUCAGCAAAAAAAUUAAUAAAAAUGUAACGAAAUAAUUUAUUAUGCUAAUGGAAACCGUCAUCCGGGCGCUUGAGGCGACUAAAAUUUGUUCUUAAAAAUCAAUCUCCUAUCUCUUAUCGCAUGUAUUCAAUGUGUAUUACGUUUUAAGUUUUCUGUUUUACGGAGAUUAACGAUUCAAACAAAAAGAGAAAAAAAAGUGCACCGAAAGAGAGAGCUAUAAAAGUAUUAUUUUAGAUGCGAGUCUCCGCUCGCCCCACCUCCCCCCCCCCUUGUAAAUGAUAAUAUUAGGAGACAAACACUUCGAAGAGCAUCAAACUCGGUGCCAGCGAGCGCGCUGCUAAGCGGAAAAUCUACACUACAAAAUGAACGUAAACACAAAUGGGCUCCCGUACUAUGAACAGUGUGAUAGAACAACAACAAAGAUUGCACACAUUGAAACACAAACACAUUCUGGGAAAAAACAAAAAACCAGAAAACGAAAAAGACAAACUAAACAAGCUAGACUUGUGAACAAAUAAUGUACAUUACAAAACAGAAAAAAAACAAGCGAGAGAAAAAGAGGACACACGAGAGUCAGUGAGCUGAAACUGAAGAAAGAAACCUAAGAACAAAACUUGUUAAUAUCGCCGUCGAAUGGAAAUAUUUGUUAUUUAAAAAAUAAAACAGAAAAAGUAUAUAAAAACAAGAAAAUUGCUGCAAAUCAAAACAAAACAAAAGGCAGGAAAGAACAGUCCGUUUGAGGGGAAUAAUGAUUGCAGCUGUAAAAAGAAAACAAACAAACAAGGAACACAAGGUGAAUGAGAGAAGAGAUCAAAAGCUGGAAAUAUAUAAACUAAUUUAGAUAUAAUAAAUAUAUUAAUAAAAUAAGAACAUUACAUAUAUGUUUUGAUUUCAAGCGACCUCGGCGGAAAAUCCCUCCACUCGUUCACCCCCUCGCGGCGCUCCGCCUCACGCCAUUAUCAUCAUCAUCAUCAUCAUCGUGGUCAUAAAUCUUCGUGCAUCAGACUGCUGUUCA